AUGGCAAACAACGACACAUCACAAGACGACUCCGACGUCUUUACUCGCGGUUCCGACGUAGUUAUUAACCGCGUGGCGGUUAAAAUUCCGCCCUUUUGGACCGAGCACCCAGAAUUAUGGCUGUCGCAAAUCGAAGCCCAAUUCGUUCUGGCAGGAAUAACUACAGACGACACGAUAUUCAACACGAUCCUGGCGUCAAUCGAAGCACCGGUACUGGCCCGAAUUGCCGACGCCAUCGUCAACCAACCAGGCACAGGCAAGUACGAAAACUUAAAGUCGUGCAUUUUGGAACGCUUCUGCGAAAGCGAGCAGAAGAAAAUCCAGAAGUUGAUUUCGGAGACUGACCUUGGUGACAAGCGCCCCACACAACUGCUCAACGAGUUAAACGCACUCGCCGCAAACAAAGUUGACGAAACUUUCUUAAAAGCACUGUGGCUGCAGCGCCUACCAACACAAGUGCAAGCGAUCUUGCAAGCAUCGGACGCCUGCCUAGCAGAUUUAGAUAAGUUGGCAGAUAAAGUCAUGGAAGUCGGCGAUAUUCAUCAUAUACGCACCGUUGACGCCAAAUCGGCGCCACACAGCAGCACCGUUUUCGACGAACGUCUAGACCGCAUCGAGCAACAAAUCAACGCGCUGUUCAAAAACCGUUACCGCAAGAACAGUUCAUCCACAUUAACGGAUCGCAACAGCGUCCCGACUUCAGGCUUGUGUUGGUACCACAGCAAAUUUGGCAACGCCGCCAAGAAAUGUCGCCAACCGUGCUCGUACCACAACACAAUUGCCCGCCUCGCCAUCAACGACAAUUACUCCAAAACUCAAUUUCUCAUAGACACCGGCGCCGACAUUUCAGUGAAGCAACCCUGCAGAAUCGCAAAAACUAUGCUCACUCCAAAGCUUCUUUUCGCCGCCAAUGUUACGAAGAUACAAACCUAUGGAGAAAAACACAUAACAGUGUCGCUGGGAUUGAGACGAAACUUCGUUUGGACCUUCGUAUUAGCUGACGUCAACUGCGCUAUCAUUGGAGCUGAUUUCCUUCAACCUUUCGACUUACUCGUCGAUGUGAAACGACGCAAACUCAUCGAUCGAGCUACGCUGUACGAAUCAACAUAUCUCGCGCCUCAACGUAAAAUCAACGCGAUUUUAUCCUACGACACGAGCAACGCAAGGUUGCUUCACGAAUACCGCGAUCUCGCAACGAUCAACUCGAACCGGCUGCCAGAAGAGUCCGACGUAACGCACCCGCCUUCUCACGCCCGCGCCCGACGACUAGCGCCCGACAAACUCAAAGAGCACAGAGCACUAAGCAACGUAACAGUGCCGGAUCGAUACACUAUUCCGUACAUACUGGAUGUAACAAGCAUCGUACACGGUAAAAAGAUAUUUUCAAAAAUCGACCUGCAAAAAGCAUAUCACCAGAACCCUGUCGAACCGCAAGAUAUUCCCAAAACAGCAAUUAUCACGCCUUUUGGGCUAUUCGAAUUCUUGUUCAUGACAUUCGGCUUACGCAACGCAGUGCAAACUUUUAGGCGUCACAUAAACAAUGUAAUACAGGAUCUCGACUUUGUUUUCGCAUACAUCGACGACGUUCUAAUCGCUUCAGAAUCCGAGGAGCAGCACGAGACACACCUCCGUACUACCCUUGACCGCCUCACCGCGGCACAUCUCACCGUGAACUUUGAGAAAACCCAAUUCGCUAAAUCACAACUCACGUUCCUUGGACAUGACAUCAGCCAGCUCGGUUUGAAACCAUCCGAAGCCAUAGUGGAAGCCAUUCGCUUAUAG